UCGACUGUCUCGUUGAACGCUCGCCGGAACAACUCAACUUCCAGUUCGCCAGAAUCCAGCUUCGCCUUCAUCACUUUGCCGAAGCCGUUUUACUCCUUCGAGUCGUGAAGGCACCUUUUUUGCAGCCCAGCAGCCCUUAGCAGUCAAUCGAGUCGACCCGACCCAACCAUCUCAACACCAGUCAAGAUGUCUUCCUACAACAAGGACCAGAAGGAUUUCGGCGAGGCCCCCAAGGUCCACCGUGUCCGCAUCACCCUCACCUCCCGCAAGGUCCAGGCUCUCGAGAAGGUCUGCUCCGAGCUCGUUGAGCGCGCCAAGUCCAAGGAUCUCCGCGUCAAGGGCCCCGUCCGCCUUCCCACCAAGAUCCUCAAGAUCACCACCCGCAAGACCCCCUGCGGUGAGGGUUCCAAGACCUGGGAUCUCUUCGAGAUGCGCAUCCACAAGCGCCUCAUCGACUUGACCGCCCCCACCGAGAUCGUCAAGCAGAUCAUUGUCAACAUCGAGGCCGGUGUCGAGGUUGAGGUCACCAUUGCUGCUUAAGUUUGGUUUGACUGGCAAAGGGCAAGAAGCUGCGAAAGUGGUUUUGAUACCCGAACCACCCAACCAGGGGAAGGAAAAAUACAAAAACAAUUGGAAAAAUCCCUCGCUCGAAGGUCGAUUGGAUUGUGUGAUGGGUCGUUGGGCUCGUAAAUAGUGCAAUGAUUCAUCGUUCCUUUCCCCUGGAUAUUUAUCUGUUCCUCUUGCGCCUUUUCCAGUGAUUGUGACGUAUUCUUGGGUAUGAGACGUCGGUAGAAGAGAAUCGCACGAGGAGGAAAAGGGGGACCAGUCAAACUCGUGGAUUUAUGUGGAUGGUUGUUGAUCUCUGAAUGAAGACAACAACGCCAUGUUGGACUCUGGUCAUGACUUUUACUCGCUACUAGACACCCUAGCGCUACCAAGGC